AUGUCCUCCAGGGAGGAAGUGGGCGGGUCUAUGGAGCCGAGCAGGGACCUGAUUGGUCUGUCCUCAGAGCCACUGUCCAUUGAGAGGGUCUACAGCUCAGCCGUCAGCCCCUCCUGUGGGGCAGUGGCCCUCUUCAUAGGAACGACUCGGGAGCACUUUGAAGGCAGACGGGUGAUUCGUUUGGAGUACGAAGCCUAUGAGCCCAUGGUCCAAUCGGAACUGUCUGCAGUGUGUCGUGACAUCAGAGCUCGCUGGCCAAUGGUGAAGCACAUCUGCAUCCAGCAUCGUCUCGGGCUGGUUCCGGUUGCUGAGGCGAGCGUUGCCAUAGCGAUCUCCUCGCCACAUCGCUGCGAGGCCCAAGAGGCUGUGGGCUACUGCAUCAAUGCUCUCAAGGCCAGCGCCCCAAUCUGGAAGAAGGAAGUUUAUGAAUCUGAAGAAUCGAAGUGGAAGGAAAAUCCUGAAUGUGGCUGGUCUGGAAACGGCUGAAGUGGCUGGUCUAGAAUAGGCUGAAGUGGCUGGUCUAGAAUAGGCUGAAGUGGCUGGUCUAGAAUAGGCUGAAGUGGCUGGUCUAGAAUAGGCUGAAGUGGCUGGUCUAGACAUCCACGUUCUAGGCUGUCAUUUAUGCUUUGUUUCUGAGAAACUGAAUUUUGGGUUUUCAUGAGCUGGAAGCCAUAAAGAACAUUAAAACAAAUAAAUGCU